GGUUUAUUUAUUUGAAAGGUAGAGUUACAGACAGAGGGAGAGAUAGAGAAAGGUCUUCGAUCUGCUGGUUCACUCCCCAAAUGGCCGCAGCAGCUAGAGCUGGACUGAUCUGAAGCCAGGAGCCAGGAGCCAGGAGCUUCUUCUGGGUCUUCCAGAAUGGUGCCCAGCAUGACGGGGAUUCCAGGACUCCUCAUCCUUCUCCUCUUCUUCCUGCUCUGUGCUGUUGGACAGGUGAGCCCUUACAGUGCCUCCUGGAAACCCACGUGGCCUGCUUACCGCCUGCCUGUCGUCUUGCCCCAGUCUACCCUCAACCUAGCCAAGCCAGAUUUUGCAGCUGAAGCAAAAUUGGAAGUGUCCUCUUCAUGUGGUCCCCAGUGUCAUAAGAGCAGUCCUCUGCCCACAUAUGAAGAGGUCAAGCAGUACCUGUCGUAUGAAACGCUCUAUGCCAAUGGCAGCCGCACAGAGACGCAGGUGGGCAUUUAUGUCCUCAGCAGUGGUGGAGGUGGGGCCCAACGUGGAGACUCAGAGUCUUCGGGGAGGUCUCGGAGGAAGCGGCAGAUUUAUGGCUACGACAGCAGGUUCAGCAUUUUUGGGAAGGACUUCCUGCUCAACUACCCUUUCUCAACAUCAGUGAAGUUAUCUACAGGCUGCACCGGCACCCUGGUGGCAGAGAAGCACGUCCUCACAGCUGCACAUUGCAUACAUGAUGGAAAAACCUAUGUGAAAGGGACACAGAAACUUCGAGUGGGCUUCCUCAAGCCCAAGUUUAAAGAUGGCAGCCGAGGGGCCAACCACUCAAGCUCAGCCAUACCCGAAAAGAUGAAAUUUCAAUGGAUCCGUGUGAAACGCACUCACGUGCCCAAGGGCUGGAUCAAAGGCAACGCCAAUGACAUUGGCAUGGAUUAUGACUACGCCCUCUUGGAACUCAAGAAACCCCACAAGAGAAAGUUCAUGAAGAUUGGGGUGAGCCCUUCUGCCAAACAGCUGCCAGGGGGCAGAAUCCACUUCUCUGGUUAUGAUAAUGACCGGCCAGGCAACUUAGUGUACCGCUUCUGUGAUGUCAAAGAUGAGACCUAUGACCUACUCUACCAGCAGUGUGAUGCCCAGCCCGGGGCCAGCGGCUCAGGGGUCUACGUGAGGAUGUGGAAGAGACAGCAGCAAAAGUGGGAGCGAAAAAUUAUUGGCAUCUUCUCAGGGCACCAGUGGGUGGACAUGAAUGGUUCUCCACAAGAUUUCAAUGUGGCCGUUAGAAUCACUCCUCUCAAAUACGCCCAGAUUUGCUAUUGGAUUAAAGGAAAUUACCUGGAUUGUAGAGAGGGGUGACGCAGUGUUCCCUCCCGACAGCACUUAAUGGUCUUUGUGUACUUAUUGUAGAAGAGGCCACAUUUGUCAGUGUGUGCGUGUGUGUGUGUGUGAGAGAGAGAGAGAGAGAGAGAGAGAA